CUGAUCAUCUCUCACAAACAAAAAUGAAUCACGACGACGACUGAAAUACCUCGGAGGGCGUUAGUCGGACUUUGACUUGAGUCUUAUUCGAUGCCGUUAAUGACGCAACGACGGAUUACUUAGCCGAAAUGCAACACGAGGAGGAGGAGGCCGCGGUGAAGCAGAUCCCCAGGCCUAUUCAACGUCGGACAGAAAAAGCGGCCCGACGGCAGAAAACCAGAAUUCCCGCCACCCUGCAAACGGAUUCAGAAAUCUCCACCACGAUGGCGGCCCCUGCCAAAACCCUAAUCGACUUCUUCCAGCAACCGGCGCCGAAACGCCUCAAGAGAGCCUCUUCGCCUCCACUCAGCCCAUUUUCCUCACUCAAGGACGACGGCGCCGCCGCUUCCUCCAAGUCGACGGUGUCCAUUUCGCCGGAGCAGAAGCGCAGAAUGGAAUACAACAAAUCCCUCGCAUUGUCGAAGCGGAACCUAAAACUAUGCUCUGAUAAACUCUCCAAGGCAGUUGCAACAGGGGUGGGGUAUGUAAAUUUGGAGGAGCUAUUAGUGGAGGAGACCUGGUCAGAAGUGCUAUCUGGGGAGCUGCAAAAGCCUUAUGCAAGAAAGUUGUGUGAGUUUGUCGAGGCUGAAAUUUGCCAUGGUAGCACACCAAUUUACCCUCCCCAGCAUCUGAUUUUUAAUGCUCUUAACACCACUCCAUUUAACUCAGUAAAGGCGGUUAUUAUUGGACAGGACCCAUACCAUGGACCAGGCCAAGCAAUGGGCCUCUCUUUCUCUGUGCCAGAAGGCAUCAAAGUGCCUUCAAGUCUACAAAACAUAUAUAAAGAGCUCCAGAAAGAUAUGGGUUGCACAAUUCCAUCUAAUGGGAAUCUUGAAAAAUGGGCUAUACAGGGUGUCCUGCUAUUAAAUGCUGUUCUAACAGUUAGACAGCAUCAGGCUAACUCUCAUGCCAAAAAAGGGUGGGAGCAGUUUACUGAUGCUAUAAUUGGAGCAAUUUCACAGAAAAGAAGUGGAGUUGUUUUUCUCCUCUGGGGAAACUAUGCCCAGGCGAAAUCCCGGUUGAUAGAUGAAUCAAAGCACUAUAUUCUCAAAUCAUCACAUCCUUCAGGUUUAUCCGCAAACAGGGGCUUCUUUGGAUGCAGGCACUUUUCUCGGACAAACCAGCUCUUGGAGAAAUUGGGAGUAUCUCCAAUAGAUUGGCAGUUGUAGUGCUACAGGGACAGGACGUUCCCAUGCUUUGUAACCUCGACUCAUGAGUGAUGAGUCUGAGAUCUUUUGCCACCAUGUAUCAUCUGCUGGGUUGUAAGUCUUGUAGUACAAAUAUGCAUAUAUAGUUAUGAAGUUUCCAACCUCAUAUUGCCGACUUGCAGUUGCAGUAUUGCUCUCUGCAAAUAGUUGGCCCUCUAAUUAUAUAUCUGUAUGUUAUUUUGCAAAGCCCAAGAUGAUGUUUUUGAUUUGGAUUAUGUAGAUUCCAGUUCAUAUAUGCUCUUACCAAUUUGAGUUUUUUGCUUUA